UCUCCAGCCCGUGUUGCGGAGGCAGGACAGAGGCGUGUGUUGGACGAUGCAACACGCCAGCGGAGGUUAAAUCGCCAGCUGGAUGCUCUAGAGAAGGACAACUUCCAGGAUGACCCUCUCUCCUCCCUGCCUCCCGCCGGUCCUGCCGCCCGCCUGCCCACCUUUAGCGAAGGAGACGAACCUGGUGUGUGUGUGUGAGGGAACACCUUUUAGACCUGCCCAGUGCUAUUGUUUGGUGGAGAGCUCUACAUUAAUUUGUUCAUGUGUACUUUUGCCCCCUUCUCUCUUUCAUCUCUUCAUCCUACUCUCUCUUUCUCUCCCUCUUCCUCCUUCCCUCUUUCUUUCUGUCUCUAGGUAAGAAGAAGAGGAAAACUAGAGGUGAUCACUUCAAACAGAGAUUUCGCAAAAACUUCCAGACUCUACUAGAAGAAGAGGUAGGUAAUAGAAUUAGAACACCUCUGACCUCUGACCUCUAACCCCUAACCCCACAAGUAGUGCAUCAUAUAGAGAAGUAGGUGUCAUUUGAAACACACCAGCAUCAUGUGUAGAGGAGUGCAUCGUGACUGAACAUUCAGAUAGAAAUACAUGAUGUUUGUAUGUAACAGGGUUGGGGUCAAUUCCAUUUUAAUUUCAGUCAAUUCAGGAAGUACACCGAAAUUCCAAAAUGUUGAAUUGGAAUUUGGUUUACUUUCUGAAUUGACUGGAAUUUAAUUGAAAUGGAAUUGACGCUAACCCUCGUAUGUAUGGUCCUCUGUAGCUCAGUUGGUAGAGCAUGACGCUUGUAACGCCAGCGUAGUGGGUUCAAUUCCCGGGAUCACCCAAGUGUUAAAAAUGUGUGCCCGCGUGACUGUAAAGCGCUUUGGAUAAAAGUGUCUGCUAAAUGUAUUAUGUAGCACACUUCUCUUCGUCAUGCAGAAUAGGGAAUCAGCUCUAUAGAGACUUUCUGAACGUGACCCUGGGUGUGUCCCAAUAAUAUCUCCUUUCUCCUGAAGUGUGAACUCGUUCACUAAAUAAAUUAAAAAGUAAACUUAAGGCUUGCCUGAGCCAGAACGCCCCAAAGUACACUUAUUCACUACUACCCACACAUUUAAAAGCAUUGGAUUGGCAUUGGCUAGUGGGAGCUUCCACCAUAUUUCUUAUACUAAUAGUUUCCUUUGAAAUCAGUGAAGGGAAGUGAACAAGUGCACAAUUUGAGAGGAGAGAUUAUUGGGACUAUGGGAAGAUCUCAAUUGCAUACUCCUCGCGUCCUCUCUCCUUGUCUCCUUCUCAAAACCCAUUGGAGGAAAAGGUCAGAGGGGAGGGACCUCUGGCUUUCUAUGCAAUUGAGAUCUUCCCAUAGACGGGUUGGUUGUUUAGCAACAAAACCGACGCAUGCAAAACAGACUGGGUUGGCUUAGAUUGUUGACAACAUGUAAGCUAUAUUUAGUCUCCAUUGUUUAUUGAAAACAUAAAUACAUUUGCACAAUGAGCACUCGUUUCCUCUCAAAUACAUCCUUACAGUUGUUGGUUAGCUAGCUAACGAAUUUUAGCCAUAUUAGCAUUGAUAUGAAAUCAGUCAAAACACCUCAAAACAAGACAUGGUAUCAAGAACAAGAUGAAACGAGCUGAAACAAGCUACUUACGAUUCUCCACAUGGCAGUUUCUUGUCAUUCUUGCUAGCAAUCUGGCCAUCCAGAAUCACAACAACACACUGACUUCUGCCCCAUGGAAACACGUUGUCCACUAACCCAUCUACAGCCCCCGUCUUUGCUGAGAGGCUAACCCUGUCCCUGCUGUGCUGUGAUUGGCAGAACGUGUCUGAGAGGGAGGAGCCUAAUUACCUGUCAGCUGCGGCCCCUCCCUCCUCGCUCCCCCCUCGUCUGUUCUGCUCCGUCUGUGGAUUCCCCUCCUCCUACACCUGCUGCUCCUGUGGGGGGCGCUACUGUUCCACACGCUGCCUUAUCACACACAGAGAGACCAGGUAACUCACACUACACUACACUACACACACUAGAGCUGGGACGAUAAACUGAUAAUGAUCGACACCAACCAUACCGAUCACUUAUCACAGGCAUUUUGCUGGUAUCGUUCAUUACGAUAAGUAGCCUAUACUAGAGACAUGUGAAGUUUGAAAUGAAAUAAGUUGACUAAUAUGGGUGAUUGUUAAUGGGACAAUUGAUGGCUACAACCAUAAAACCAAUAGUAGUAGUUUAAAGGAUAAUAAAAUAAAAACUGUGGUGCAGAUUAAUGUUAUAAAGGUAUUGUUCUAUUUAUUGUUAUCGGAUCAAAUAGACAAAAAUCCAUAUCGCGAUAAAUUGCCUAUCACCCAGCUCUAACACACACACACACUGUUCCACACGCUGUCUACACACACAGAGAGGUAGGUAACAUGCAUGCAUCGCACACACACACAUUUCACACACAUUACAGCCCCCACACACACACUACCAUACACACUGAACACACACAUUACAGCCCCCCACACACACAAUACCAUACACACACACACAUACACAGUAUUGUAUAUUAUCCCCACUACCCUUAGCCUCACAACUCAGAUCUCUCUCUCUCUCUCUCUCUCUCUCUAUCAGGUGUCUGAAGAUGACUCUGUAACAGCUCAUCUGACCAUACUUGGUCAUGCUCACAGAAUGUGGAUGGUAAAUUCUUCCACCUGUAGCUGUCUAGAAUGUUACAACCCAGGAACGGUGCUACGGUUAUGACCGUGUACCAGAGAUGCUAUGGAGAGAACACUACCAGAGAACUAAUGGGGAACGCAACUAGAAAGUUACAAACAUGGUCUGAAGCAGUAGCGGUGCAUGGGUAAAAUCACUGGGAAAGCCAGAAAAAAAGCCAUAUUUCAACCUAUGUGUUGUGAUUAUUGCAUUGUUUGCUGUAUAACCUGUUAAUUCAUAUGCCUUGCAAUUGUGAUAUACACUACUGUUCAAAAGUUU